AUGACCAUCAUCCACCCCAAAAGGUUUGCUCAGUUGGUGAGGAAGUGGCAAAGUGUCAAGGCAGCAUCCAGAGCCGACGAAGCAUGCUGCACGACAUCGCCAGUCGCAGAUAAAGGUCACUGUGCCAUGUACACGACCGAUGGGAGGCGCUUUGAGGUCCCGUUGGCGUAUCUUGGCACGACGGUCUUCGGCGAGCUGCUAAGGAUGUCCCAGGAAGAGUUUGGGUUCACAUGCGACGGCAGGAUCACACUGCCCUUCGACGCGGUGGUGAUGGACUAUGUUAUGUGCUUGCUUAGAAGAAAUGCAUCGGAAGAAGUAGAGAGGGCGUUCCUGAGCUCUGUAGUGAUGCCUUGCCAAUAUCCAAGCUAUACAGUGCCACAUGUAGCGCUGCACCAGCAGCUUGCAGUUUGUAGCUCCUGAAUAUAUGCAGAUUUUUUGUCCCUCAUUGUUCUCAAUUUUGCAUCUCUUAUGAAAUGUAAUUUAAAAUAGUUCAACACUGGGGAAUAGGAAAUUAUAUACUAGUAUACCAGCUUGUUGCAUUAUACAAAGUACCACUAACUACAACUAUAUGGCAUUAAGCCAUAGGGCACAGAAGAGUGAUUAACUAUAACUUCAGGAUUCAGCGUACAAAAUGUCUAGCUCGUAGAAGCUAACACCUAACAAGCACCCCUACCAGUAAAACUACCAAAGAUGUGAUUCUCUUCUAUGAUUAAAAAUUAAAAAAAUUGUAUUUAUUAAUGAAGUAUUUCAAGAAAGCCAACAGCCACUCUUUCGUUGUUCCAUGAUCUAUCAUAUACCCUUCUCUCAUUAAUACAUAUUGCAGAAGCAAUUUUCUGUCAGCUUACUAGUUGGGCAAGAUAUAUCAGCACAUGUUUCAUGAAUGAUUUCAAUGAUGAACCCUCAAGGUAAAACUCUUAAGGGCUGAUGUAUCACAAAAUGUGAUAAGCUGCAUACAAAAAGGACGUACGCUUUCAAAGGUAGUGGCAAUUAGCAAGUUAGGUAGAUCGCAGAGGUAGCAUUCUCAUGUCAAAGACCUCUCAAUGUAAAAUAGGGUUUAUGUAGAUUUUGGGUAAUG